GAGAGAGAGAGAGGAGGGGGGGUUACGGAGUUGGGUUUUGAGAAAACGGGUUUCGGAGGAAGAAAAACAAAAAUGGAGUACGAAGAUCAAGAGGAGCACGACGAGGAGAUGGAGAUGGCGGCGAGCUACGAGUCGCUGCAGGGUAACUCAGGCCGAGUGAAAAUGCCGAGUUCUGGAGCAGCGGCUGAGGGAGCCACGACGGCCCAGUCGCAGCCGAGGACCAAGCCGAGGUACCGCGAGUGCCUGAAGAACCACGCCGUGGGGCUCGGAGGCCACGCCCUCGACGGCUGCGGCGAGUUCUUAGCCGCCGGCGCCGAGGGCACUCUCGAAGCGCUCAAGUGCGCCGCCUGCAGCUGCCACCGCAACUUCCACCGCAAGGAAACCGAAAUCGGCGGCGGAGGAAUCGGCUUAACUCCGGAGCCGUACGGACUCGUGCCACCUCACCACCACUACCCUCCGGCUGCGGCGGCGCACCCGCAGUUCUCUCCCUACUACCGAACACCGGCCGGGUACCUCCACGUGACGGCGCACCAUAGGCCGCUGGCGCUGCCGUCGACGUCGGGCGGAGGUGGGAGCCCCAGCAGGGAGGAUCAGGAGGAUGUGUCGAACCCAAGCGGAGGAGGGAUGUACGGAACGACGUCGUCUGGGGGAGGAAAGAAGAGGUUCCGGACCAAGUUCACGCCGGAGCAGAAGGAGAGGAUGCUGGCGCUGGCGGAGAGGCUCGGGUGGCGGAUUCAGAAGCAGGACGAGUUUCAGCAGUUUUGUAAUGACACUGGAGUCCGCCGCCAUGUCCUCAAGGUCUGGAUGCACAACAACAAGCACACCCUCGGCAAAAAACCCUAGCCAGUAGUACUCACACACUACAACUAAAAGAAAAAAUGAUCAAAAAUGCA